ACCUUCCACACCGGCUGCCCCAGACAUUUUGGACACAGGGUCCAAUCUUGUGUCGCACCGUUUACGUCACUUGUUGACAUGUACACAGCCGAACAGGACAACAUUGGUCAAGCUGUUAGCAUUGCUAAACAAAUUUGCAUUGAAUACCAAAUGGUCUUGACAUGCCUCCACACCGCCCUGAUUGACUGCCCUACCAUGAAAAACUUGAAGCGGGUUCAAGCAACCCUCGACUCACACUGGGUUACUAAAAUCAAUGAACUUUGCUCGAUCCAAUCGAAGAGUUCAUCUGAUGCUGCUAACAACGACUACAAAGAUCUAACCAACUACAUUUACCAAAACAACCAUCCAAACCACGUCGACUCUUACAAAAUCGCUCGUGAAAUCUUACACGCCUCGAUGAAAACCAAAGCAGAACUGGAGCGUGAGGUUUUAGCUGCCAAAGCCCAAUCCGGGUUGUCUUCAAUUUUCAUCGAGAAAAUCCACUACUUCCAGCCACCACAAGACAACGAAGAAGUGAAGGAAAUCAAGGAACAAAACAAAGACGCUAAAGUUGAACUCAACAUCGUUAACGUUAUCCAGAACUACAACUACCCCACAGCACAGAAGAAUGACGCCAUCAAGCACAGCACAGUUCAUCUGGUACACGCGGCACACAACUCGGCCACCGGCUCGUCAUACGGAAUCUUACUCGUCGUGUUGUCGGCAGUCGCCACUCUACGACUUCUGCUUUUAUAAACAUUCUUCGUGGAUUACCAGUCGUAUAAACAAUUCAAACUAUAAAUAAGAUUAAUAUAUAAAAUACUUCUGUAUAUAAAACUCUGAUACGGACUAACUGGAUUUUAAAAAAUCAACCAGCUGAACUUCAGUUGAGCAAGUUAUUUAUUAUGGAACAAUGCUAUCUUCCAGGCCUAGCCUCCUUCUGAUGUGGGCUGUAUGCACACAUUUUAUGCAAGAUUAUGUCACGUGGUACAGGAGUUUGCCCAUCAUGUUCACUGGUUAAAAAUUGACUUAAUGUUGCAAU